GUGUAAAUCAAAUAGACAAUAACCUCAUAAGUCCACUACUCUCUUCGACAAUCAAGUUCUCUUGAUCAAGCGCGAAACCCUAACUCUAAUCCUAACGAAUCCAAACGCAGAAAAACCUUGAAAGCAAAGAUGCUAGAGCUUCGUCUCGUGCAAGGUUCCCUUCUCAAGAAAGUCUUGGAGUCGAUUAAGGACUUGGUGAAUGAUGCCAACUUUGACUGUUCGGCGACCGGGUUCUCGCUUCAGGCCAUGGACUCCAGCCACGUUGCUCUGGUGGCUCUGCUUCUCAGAUCCGAGGGUUUUGAGCACUACCGUUGUGACCGGAACCUCUCCAUGGGCAUAAAUCUUGGUAAUAUGUCCAAGAUGCUUCGGUGUGCUGGAAAUGAUGAUAUCAUCACGAUUAAGGCCGACGAUGGCAGCGACACUGUUACUUUCAUGUUUGAAAGUCCAACACAAGACAAGAUAUCGGACUUUGAGAUGAAACUGAUGGACAUUGAUAGUGACCACCUUGGGAUUCCAGAGGCUGAAUACCAUGCUAUUGUUAGAAUGCCUUCUGCAGAGUUUGCUAGGAUUUGUAAAGAUCUCAGCAGCAUUGGUGACACUGUUGUGAUCUCCGUGACAAAGGAAGGCGUUAAGUUCUCCACAAGAGGUGACAUUGGAGCUGCAAAUAUAGUCUUGAGGCAGAACACAACAGUGGACAAGCCAGAAGAAGCUACAAUUAUAGAGAUGAAUGAGCCAGUGUCUUUGACGUUUGCAUUGAGGUACAUGAACUCCUUUACUAAGGCUACUCCAUUGUCAAGCACGGUUACAAUAAGCUUAUCGUCAGAACUGCCUGUUGUGGUUGAGUAUAAGAUUGCGGAAAUGGGUUAUAUACGGUUUUAUUUGGCUCCUAAGAUUGAAGAGGAUGAAGAUGAGACAAAGCCCGGAAUUUGAAUGUCUUCUUGCAUACAAGCUUACCUUAGUUUUUCCUUUGUAACCAUCAAUAUUGUGGAUUUUUAGGUGGAUUGUCAAUUUGUAAGAUGCAUUAUAUGUGACUUCCACUAGACUGCAUGUGGUAAGAAAGUUUUAGAUUUCCUUCAAGGCCUUAUCUUUUUCUUCCUCUUCGUGUUACGCUAGCAACCAUCCUCUAUACUUUCAGACCUCCUUUAAGGUUUGUAGGUGAUUUUUUAUGGUUUUUGGAGCUUUCUCCAACCAUAUGGUAGUGUUGUGCAAGGUGCUUUGAACUUUUUUUCUCUAUGUGCUGUAAAAUUGUGCUUCAUUUUCUUUA